UGGAAGCGCUACGAUAAAUAUUGUGAACCAAUGGCGUUUCUGCGCAAGGCAACCUAAGAUCGACGCGCCACGAUAGUCGUAACAAUUUCAGACAGUUUGUUCCUCGUUUUUACGCCAUUAUGGAUUCUUUAGCGAAUUACGCUAGUGACGGGGACAAUAGUAAUAAUUCGGAAGAUUCUAAGGUACCGUAUGGGAUGCACAGUGACACCGACAAAAGGGCCAGCGAUGCUAAUUAUGACCCAGUACAAAUGGAUAUGAGUGAGGAAAGCAACAACAACAAUUCAUCCAGGGAAUCCAGUAGUGAAAGAGCAAAUAGUCCGACGACACAAUCAAAAACAGAUUCAUCCCAUGCAUUACCUUCCCCCUCAGACCAGAGGCGAUCUGAUCAUGAAAAUCAUACAGCAAACACAAAAGAUGAACAUAAACGAGGAGAUAGAUCUGACCGUAACAGACAUACGAAUGACAAGGGACGGCGAUCAUCGUACGAUGAUAGAAGGCAACGGGAAAGUAGUCAUAGAGACAGAGAUGUAAAAAGAAGUCGAGACGAUGACAGGAAAUCUCGCGAUGACGAUAAGAAGAAGGAAAAGAGUUCCUUAGGAUCCAGCAGGGACGAGAAAAAUGAUGAGAAAGAAAAGAACGAUAAAGACCAUCAUUACCGUGAUGAUAGGAGGGAUCGUAAUCGCGACAGAAACGACAGAGAUAGGCGUAGAGACAGAGACCGAGACCGGGAUCGAGAUCGUCGACACUCUAGGGAUGAUAGAUCGAAAGAUCGAUACCGUGAUGACCGUUCCAGUUACCAUAAAGAAAAAGAUCGUACACGAUCAAGAUCGAGGUCUCGAGACCGUGCGUUACCGCCUUUCAGAACGAUGAGUUACAGAGAAGAAAAAGGUAGAAAUAAAUUAGCUCAAUUGGAAAAAUUAGGAAUCGAAUUGAAAGCUCCAGAAGGAGAUACCGCGACACCGAAUGUUCAGAACGAACAAAAUUAUUACAAUCCUUUGGCUACGGCUACACAAGGAAAGUACGCAGAACAAAUACAAAAGAGAAAACUUCUGUGGGCAAACAAGUCUAAACAAGAUGAAGGUAAAACAUCCACGGCAGCUUCAACUGCAAAUACGUGGGUGGGAACGACGUUCACCCAUGACCAAGAUGGAAAAGUAACGGCAAAAUUUAAAAGAUUAAUGGGGAUUAAAGACGAUUUGCCCACUACUCCUACUGCAGGUGCGAAACCAGACAUUUUAAAGAAGCAAGAAGAGAUGUUUAAUAAUAUGGAACAACAGUAUGAAGUUGCACGUGCUACUACGCACACACAGCGUGGAGUUGGUCUUGGUUAUGCAACUGGUGGUUACCAAUUUCCACGAUAAAAUACUAUGAGAAUUAUCGAAGAAGAAUUUAUGAUUAAUAAUCGCCAGCACAGGCAUAAUACCAUUUCUGUCCAUUGUUUUUGUGAUCUUGUCAGGUCGAUCGCAAAACGGAGUUUUUGUUUCAAAGUCGUUAUCAAUAGUAACUAGAAGUUAAUCGCUAAGCUUAUGAAUCGAGGGGAUCCGAAAGAUCUUGUUAAAGUUAUGUAAUUAUAUUGUAAACAUUAAAAAUAAAUUUAUUAAGACUAUGGAAAAGGCUCUAUGCUUUCGGCUUGACGAUGAUUAUCUUCGAUCGAUUUCUGUUCAUGGAAAAAGUAAAGGAGACGAAGUAUCUUUUUAUGCUAAGAACAUGCUUUACAAAGUAUCAUUUACAAUAAUAAUUUCUUUGUAUCUAUACGUUGUAUGUAAAAAUACAUAGAAGAUACUCUCAUA